UUCAAGAAAUUCAUGAAUCACUUCCUGAUUAAACGUUACGACACAUAGCAACAGUAAUCAGCAACUUUUAUAUCAAAACCUAUAAAAUGUUCCAGCGUUGAAAAGUGACUGCAUAUAAUUUCUCAGGAAGAAUUAAGUAAAAUCAAAAAUGAAGGAAAUGUGGACUUUUUUCAUCUUUAUGAUGGCAGUGUGUCUAGUAACGACAAAUCCGUUGCUUCCCUUUCAACCUGCUUUAGACAAUCAAAAUUUGGAGACUUCGAGAAAUAUAAUAAAUCAAGUUUUUAUUACUAUUAACUUAAAUAAUACAAACAAUACAGUUAUUCCUGUGAAACUUGAGGACUUUCAAAAGACUGGAUUACAGAUUAGUGGUACAAAUUGUACAAAUUCUACAACAGCAAAACCACCUACGCCAACUUCUCCUCCUUAUUCAACAACGAGACGUCCAUCUACAACUCAUUAUCCAAUAUAUACAACAACUCCGUAUUCUACACCAACUUAUCCUCCUUUCUCAACAACGAGACGUCCAUCUACAACUCAUUAUCCAAUAUAUACAACAACUCCGUAUUCUACACCAACUUAUCCUCCUUUUUCAACAACGAGACGUCCAUCUACAACAGAUUAUCCAACGUAUCCUACAUCAACUUAUCCUCCUUUCUCAACAACGAGACGUCCAUCUACAACUGAUUAUCCAAUUUUUACAACACCUCCGUAUUCAACAACGAGAGGUCCAACUACAACAAUUUAUUCUUCUUCAACAACAGACUAUCAACGAAAAAGUAACAAUCAGAAGUGACAUAUUAAAAAAUACAAGAAUUUAAAUAAAUUGUGAAUUUUGCAUGUAAAUAAAGUUUUUAUUCUAUAUGAAAAAUAA